AUGGCCAAUAUCUACACCUGUAGUCUGUUCUCUGGCCACGAACUCCUGCAGGAGAAGGAUGCUUGGGUUGCUGCUAUCUCGGACUCGCCGAAGCCCCCAUCCAAGCGCAUCACUUUCACUUUGCCUGUCGUUGCCGCUGCUACUCGAAUUGCGUUCAUUGCCACAGGCGAGGGCAAGAAGGAAAUUUUAAAGGCCAUAUUCGAUUCCGAGGACGGUCGCAGUCUUCCUUCAGCUUUGGUUAACCAGGCCGCUGGUGACAAGGUUACCUGGUUCACUGAUUCUCCUGCUACCGAAGACGUUGUCUAUGCCCGCCGAAGCACUUCAAACUUUACAUCCAAAGACGAUAUUGCCCGGCCAAACUUAAAUAUAUACAAUCCAAUCUUAUUCGCCAUGAGUACAGCACAAUGGCGUUCAUCAACAUGGUUCAUUGUCACAGCAAUGGCGGCUGCCCUCUUCACCGAUACAUUUCUGGCCACUUUCGUCGUGCCCAUCCUUCCAUACAUGCUCGAAGGCCGAGUGGGCCUAGACCCAUCCCGCACGCAGAGCAUGAUCUCCUGGCUACUAGCGGCGAAUUCGGCUGUCACUGUUAUUGUUCGAAUUCCGUUGGCUCAUUUCGCGGAUCAGUCUGAGUCUACUCGUGGCUGGUUUCUCUGGGCAUUGGGGAUUGCCUUGCUUAGUACCGUUGCGACGGCAGUUGGGUCAUCUUUGGUUGUGCUAUUUAUUAGUCGAUCGGUGCAGACUAUCGCCAGUAGUAUUAUGUGGGUCGUGGGAUUCACAACCGUGGCAAAUACCGUUUCGCUUGAAAAUACCGCUAAGACCUAUGCUCUGAUCUCCAUGGCGGUCUCGCUGGGUGCAUCUACUGGGCCUAUGCUGGCAGGUAUGUUUUUCCAGCUAGCUGGGUACUGGGCAGCAUGGUCGAUUGCCUUUGUGGUCCUCGGCAUCGAUAUGACGUUUCGUUUGUUGAUGGUGGAUAAGACGCGGGAGAAAGAAGAAGAUAUCACCGGUGACUCGAUUACCAAUCCGGUCUCUGAAAGAUCCCCACUCCUCUCAACCCACUCUGAAGAACCUGAAGUCUAUGCGACACCCGAGACGAGACCGAAUUUCUACCGGUGCAUCUUUGGCAUGCCCAACUUCGUGGCCGGCACAUACUGCAACUUUAUGUAUGGUAUUUUGCUCACUAGCUUCAAUGCUACAGUUCCCCUGCAUGUUCGUGACGUAUUCAGCUGGGGCGGCAUGGAGUCUGGUCUCAUGUUUGCUGCUCUGCAGAUUCCGAGGCUUAUGAUGUCUCCUUUCGUGGGCUGGUUGAAAGACCGGGUUGGAACGAAAAUGCCGACAGUCUUUGGAUUCGCCUUAUUAGCCCCAUUGAUGUGGCUUGUGGGCGUCCCAGGCAGUGCGCAGGAUUCACCUAUCGGCAAUCGGGGGCCUGCCCUAUAUGUAACGACGAUGAUCUUGAUUGGAUUCAGUAUGACCUUUUUGAAUGGAUUAGGAUCUAUUGAAGCAACAGUGGCGGCGACUGAGCUCGGGCGAAAAUACCCUAAGGCCUUCGGUCCAAAUGGUGGAAAGUCUCGUGCCAUUGCAAUCGUCGGUAUAGCCUGGGUAUUGGGGACAUGCGUAGGUCCUCUUUUGAGUGGGAAGCUCAACGAAAAAUUCGGAUACUACGUGAUGAAUUGCGUCAUGGCUGGACUAUGUGCUUUAACUACUCCUGUUGCGUUUCUUUACCUCCCCUCACGACUGACCCCCACCGAAGUCCAAAAAAUCCAUCAGACAUCUACUGAGCAGUGA